AUGCCAUCCAUGUCCAGAAACAACAGCUUAUGUUGACGUAAACUGGCCAUUCCAGAUGUCAACAUUGCGUUGACAGUCUUCUAUGUCCUGUGCACAGUGAUGAAGUCCUCGUAGAAUUACUAAUGGAUGCACACUGGACUACAACAGCCACAUAUCAAGACGCCACAUCCUGUCCGUUCACCUGAACAUUACCCAUACCUCGCACAUCUACAUUCUCAACGCCUCACUCACUAUGGACCAGUAUCCAAACAACUCUAGCUCCGAAGGCCAGUCUCCACCACCUCUACCGUCCACUCGUUCACCUCCUUCGGGGUAUCCUUCCUCCAGAGUCUCCCCUGCGCCCCACUCGCCAUACCUCCGUUCACCUUCUGCUCCUCCUCCUACUUCAUUUUCGCCUCGUUAUUUCUUACAGUCGCAGGGUUCAGCUCUCCACCCAACUGAUUCUCCACAGGGUGUCAAGUCCCCCGAGAAUUACAACCAUAGAAUGUUGUCGACACGGAUGCGCCCUCAUACUGUUCCCCCCUUAUCGGGUUUUCUCUCUCCAAUACGAGGAUUCCCAUUCCAGGGCUUUGAUUUGGGAUCAACUCCUGUACCGACAACCGCAGUUGUUCCUAGUCCUUCAGAGUUGAAUAGGACAAACAUACCGAGUGGUCGACGGCAAGAACAACCUGAACAGGAUACUUUGACAGCGCAGUCCAGUCUGUUGACUGCAUCUUGUAGCAUUGUGAAAUACUCUCCUGAAUCACAAGACCCAAUAUUCGAGGAAAUAAACUAUCGUGCAACUGUGGAUCCCACUUUAGCUUACGACUUUCUGGAUUUCGUUGGAAAUUCCCCGAUGGGCGUAUGGAUGCUUACCGAACCACCUGAAUCCCUAAAGGAGCUAUACUAUAAUCAACUUGUUGUCGGCAUCGUCACGUCGCCAUUCACAUACGGGGUAAUAGUUGAGAAGGUAGUGCUAAGAUUUUCCACGAGAGGAACUUUUCCUUGGACGAUCACUGUGAAAAAUGAUCUAGGUGUUACUGUUGGGGACGUGGUGCGAGAGUUGGCCAGAACACUCAACAAACAACUGACUGAUGAUGAGUUGAAGAUUAUGCAAGAAAUGGUACAACAGAGAAGAACACCGUUGCCUGAGACGUGGAAAUUAUAUGAAGGAACACAGCGGAUUGAUUGCUUGGGAGCAUAUACCCGUUUUCGCGGUCUCAGUUUUCAAGACAUUGAAUUACGACCCGCAUGCGCUCGCGAACCUCGAACCUCUCCCGAUGCAAUGAAAGAACCCGAUACUUCUGGACUGGCAGCAACAUGUUGUCUCGUCUUGCAUACGGCAGUGCACAAUAACCUAUAUGAAAAUCGGCAAAUCAUGGACGAGGGAACUGUUGGACCAGGACCAGAUUUCUCACCUUCCUGAAAUUCGUCGAGGAGAGAAUCUUCGCGAUGGAUAAUGUGGUAGAUUGUCUGGAUUAUGUAUAGUACUUUGUUCCCAUUUUAUUAACGCAGUUCCGCCAGAUUUGUGGGCAACUGGGAGAGUCAUAUACGGGAGCGGACAUUUGCGUGCGAAACAUCGGUCAUGCUAAAUAGCCACCAGACAGUCUAGCAGUGAGUGGACAAAACUACCGGAACUGGGAGCUAGUUUUGGGGUAUAUUGAAGUUCUAACAAGUGGCACCUCGGCGUACGGCGUGCCAAACGAAUUGAUGUUUUCGUGCAGUGACGGUUAGGUGGUGCGUAUUUCAUAUGGAAAACGCGUCAAUCAGGGUUCUCAUGUAUAGCUUGUGGUACUAAUGGAAUACAUAAAUAUCAGAUUU